GCCCGGGCCGCCCCCUCUCGCAGCUGCGCCGGUGCGGCGGGGCGGCGCGGUGGGGCCCCGCCUGCGGGCGGUACCGCGGGCAGCCCCGGCGCCGCUCCUCGCUGCUUACCCGCACCGCGCCGCGCCGCGCCGGAGGCACCAAGAUGGCUGUUCUCUCAAAGGAGUAUGGCUACGUCAUCCUGACAGGAGCUGCCAGCUUCGUCUUGGUCACACACCUCGCGGUGAAAGUGGCCAAGGCCCGCAAGAAGUACAACGUGGAGUAUCCAACCAUGUACAGCACAGACCCUGAACACGGACGUAUAUUCAACUGCAUCCAGCGGGCACACCAGAACACAUUGGAAGUUUACCCCAUCUUCCUGUUCUUCCUAGCUACCGGAGGACUCUAUCACCCGCGAAUGGCCACAGGGCUUGGCAUCACCUGGAUUCUUGGGAGAAUCCUUUAUGCCUAUGGCUACUACACAGGAGAUCCAAAAAACCGAAGGAGAGGGGCCAUUGGUUCAGUUGCACUCAUUGGGCUGGUGGGCACAGGUGUGUGCUCAGCUUGCCAGCACCUCGGCUGGAUCUGCCAGGGCUAACUGACCAUUGUGAUGGCUGCCUGGGAAACUAAAGGGAGUUUUGUUUUGAUUUCUAUUUCAUUUCCUGUUUUUUGUUUUCCUUUUCUCCUUAUUCAAUAAAAUGAAGUUGUCAAUUCUGUAUUUUCA